UUAUUUAAAUUAAAAAUAAUAAUGGUUACAUCUAACAUGUUCGCUAAGUUAAAUCUAAGUUUCCAAUUAAAAACUUACUCCACCACUUACUAUUAUAAAUUCCAUUCAUAAAUUCACAAUUAACAAUAAGGAUUAUUACAUUAUCCACAAACUUAUCAUCCACUCAAUAUGUUAAUUUUAAUCUCUUUCAAAAAACGUACCUUCCUCUUUCGAGCUACCUCAACAAUUUUCCUCAGGCCGUAUCUUCCACUUUUUCCACCACCACAUUCCUACCUCAACUUCACAGAGGAUUUACGAUAUCGUUCCGUGAAUCAUGCAUAACUCAUUGAUCACAUACAUUACGUAUCAAGGUACGUAAGUAAUAGAUCGCGAAUAAAGACAUAUAGCAAUUCUCUUCCCUUGGCCACGAAACAGCUCGCUAAUAUCACUGUAAUAUAACGAAUAUAACGUGCACGAAUGAUCGAUGGAGAACGAUCAAAGAGAGAGAGAGAGAGAGAGCAAUUACUCUGAAAGUAUUUUUCGAUAAUUGAUAGAUGUAUCCCCCUAUAAAAUUGCGAAUAUAUCCGAUUGGAUCUCUCGAGAUCCAGUAUGAGUUUGAAACAUCGUAGAGACGUUUCGUUCAGUUUAGCUACGUUUUUUCUAAGGGUCGUCGGCUUUUGGUUAACCAGCAGUCCCCUCGAAGAAUGGCUCGGGAACGUCACAGUGAUGUACAGUAUAAUCACUAUCGUUUUCUCCAUGUGGGUACAAACGAGAGGUCUUUACUUCUCUUGGGGAGACUUUGGUGUAUGCACUUUCAUCGCGUGCAAUAGUUUGGGAUUAAUAAUGGAUUUGUUAAAAGUAUUCGUCGUAUUUAUACAUAAGAAGAAGUUUCUUGGUUUGAUCGCAUACAUGCAGAAAAAUUUCUGGCAUUUCGAUUACGAUCAGUAUGAAAAUUCUCUUAUAGCAGAUGCGAAACAAAUGUGUGUCUACUUCGUAUGCGUUUUCUCAUUUUUCUCUCAAUCCACGGUUUUUUCUUAUAUGUUUAUGCCAAUGAUAUCAAAUAUUGGAAAGAAUGAAUCGGAUAGGAUGCUUAUAUUUAAUAUGUGGCUGGAUCUGCCAUUGUCUAUGUCGCCAUAUUUUGAAAUAACUUACGUGAUACAGGCUUUGUGUUUGUAUCAAGUUGGAAUAUGUUAUCUUUGUGUCGACAAUAUGUUUUGCAUCAUGUGUCUACACUUGGCUAGCCAGUUUCGUAUAUUACAAUAUAGGCUAGUCAAUUUGUCGAGUGUAGAAAAUAAAGAAGAAGUCGAUAAUGAGGAAAACAUGGAUUCUUCGGGCAGAUGUUACGCCAUAUUAAAAAAUUGCAUUCGACAGCAUCAAGCUCUGAUCCAAUUUUCCAUCACACUCGAAGAAAUAUUUACAAUAAUUACACUUGGACAAGUUCUAAUAUUUAGCACGUUGAUUUGUUUCGUCGGAUAUCAAGUGCUUUUGGUGAAUUUGACCUUUUCGUGGCGAAUUUCCUUCCUGUGUUUCUUAAUAACCAACAUGUGUCAACUGUGGAUGUUUACCUACAGUUGUGAUUGCAUGACACGGGAAAGCGUGAAUGUUGCCUCGGCUGUGUAUUCCAUACCGUGGACGCGUAUACCAAUGGAUAAAUUUGGAAAAAUGAUACGAAAAGAUUUGCAAUUCGUUGUCGUGAGAUCUAGACGUGCUUGUUCUCUGACAGGUUGUGGCUUCUUUGCUAUAUCUCUUGAAACUUAUACGAAGAUCAUGAGUACAGCUAUGUCAUAUUUCACUAUACUAAAACAACGAACCAUAGAAAUAGAAAAUACAUAGGUAAUUGCUCAUACGAUCGAACAAUGAUAAAAUGAAGUUUCCUCG